CAGAGUUUACAUGUGAUAUUCCAUCACUUUGUCCACAGAAAUUGUCCGUUUUUGCGAACAAUAUUUUGCUCAAAUUGCAGUUCUUUGUAGGAAGGGACCAAACAAACGACCAUGUCUUUUAUAAAAUAUAUUUUGCCAAAAUUAAAAAAGCUAAAAAAAAAAAGACCUCCCACGCUACCGAGAACACGUCACUAUCUGCCAACUGCAGCACUGACUGACGCCAGCAUUACGUUUACCAAAGUUUGUUGCACCUUCAACAUAGAAAAAUGUCCACGUUUGCAUUUCACCUUAACUCUGCAUCUAUUUUGAAAGAAAAUUUCAACUGAUAAACUGAUAUUGUACUCGUACUUGCGGGGGGUUUUGGAAACCGCGUGCGCCAAGAAAAGUCAACACAUUCAGUCUCUCUCACCUAACACAAUGUGACCUGACUUCACACUCCAGUCUGAGGCCCAGUGGUCAUGAAGUUUCCCACUAGGCGGCGCCUGUUUACAAGCAGAAGAAUCCUAAAGCUCCUCAUCCUGAUAGUUUGUGUUUCCAUGAUUUAUUUAUCCUUCCAACUGCUGUCCAUACGCGUCUUGAGCAACCAUGCCAAGAAGGAAGACGAGUUUCGUAAAAUAGCAGACGAAAUCAACAGCGUCGAUGUUGACUGGAAGAUGCCAGAAAAGAAAAAAUAUCAGAAGGAUGAAAACUGGCCUGGUGAUCCUGUCAGAGGAGGAAUAGAUGGAGUACCACAUAAAAGUAGUGGUGUAAUAAUCAUAAAGCAAACCCAGAGGCAGACCAAGAGACAAAUGGAUAAAACCAAAAUUCAGGAACUUUCGGAGAAAGGUGUUGCUGAUCAACUGCAAAAUAACUUGGCACAUAAAACCAAGGACUUGAUACAAACACCACAGGGUUUAGGCAGAGGGGAGAUGAACACCAAAAAUUAUCAGCAAUCUCUCGAGCAUAAGUCAGUAUUUAUCAGAGGAGUGCUGCCCAAAGACCAACAUUUGUAUACUGCUCUGCCAGGGAAUGUGUUUCAGUGCAUUCACAGUAAGGAGAAGAUUUCCUAUGACUUUUUCAAUGAUGACUACUGUGACUGUUCAGAUGGCAGUGAUGAACCCUCCACCUCUGCAUGUAGCAAUAGCAAAUUUUACUGUACAUUCCAGUUGGCUGACAUGGAGCCAGUGUCAGUGACAGCUAGCAAGGUCAAUGACGGGAUAUGUGACUGUUGUGACGGCAGUGAUGAAUGGGCCGGGAAAACUCUCGAUAAAGAUUUAAAGAAAGAUGCUCAGAAACAUUACAGCAUUUAUCAAGCACCCUGCGUUGACCACUGUGACGAUCUCCGCAAACUGAAGCAGAAACAGGACGCCAUAAAACUCAUGGGUGCCCGACUCAAAGCGACUUAUCUUCAGUCAGCAAAUGAACACGGAAAAGCUGCUGAUCCUGUUUUUGGCCCACAAGGUGUCUUCUUCAAGCUGAGCCUGGAGUGUUUCCACUACUCUGCCCCUCACUUUGAUUACACCAUCUGCCCCUUCAAAAGUGCCAAACAGCGAGAGCGUGAGUCCACGCACUCCGAUGUUACCAUUGCGCGUGGCAUGGUCCACUGGUUGUCCAGUCAACAGGGUCAGUACAGGAUUGAGAUGAAAGAUGGAGAUGGCUUUGCCUGUCCUGGUGGUAUGCGGCGGUCCUUAGUGAUUGACUUUAGCUGUGGCUUGGACAACAUAAUUCAGAGUGUCUCUGAGUCCGAACUGUGCAAAUAUGCUGCAAAAUUUACAACUCCUGCUGCUUGCUGACCUCACCACACAACAUGCUGAUGUCAUCACAGAACAUGCUGACCUCACAACACAACAUGCUGAUGUCACCACACAACAUGCUGAUGUCAUCACAUAACAUGCUGACCUCACCACACAACAUGCUGAUGUCAUCAGGCGAAUCAGAAAAAUUGAUGAUGUUAGACUUAUUCAGUAGAAUGGUGACAUCACAAGCAGUAUGAUGUCAGUGUAAAAGAUUCAGCAUUAAUGCCAGUAUCAAAAAAAAGCAAAGACUGUGUCACUGCAAUGGAUGCUGAUAUUACGUAUACUAGUAGGUAAUUCAUAAAAUUUCUGACAUCAAAGGUAACACUUCUGAUGGCACUGCUGACAUCAUAACAAGGCUUUAUGUUCUGAAAUCAAAUGAUGUAGUGGUAUAUCGUUAGUUGUGACAUGCAGGUGGUCAUCUUGAAGUAUUCACAGAGAAGAAAGUUGAAAGUUCAAGCUGACACCCAAAGCAAUAAUUGUGAUGACACAAAAUUAAAAGUUGAUAUUGUUAGAGAAAUUGAUAAAUAGAUGUCACUGCUUUUUACUGCAGUCUGGCAGAUGUUUUGAUCAUGUAGAAGAAGAAGACUUUUUUCAUCUUAUCAGAACUCAAAAUGUGAACCUUUAUCAUUUUGGUGGUCCAUCAUUUUUAAAGUACGUGGUAAAUCAAAGAUGUGGCAUCAAAUGCAAGGCAAAAUUCCAGAGUUUAUAUUGUGGACAAAUUUAUUUGUCCUUGUUUAUAUUUGAUUCAUUUAAUGAAGAGAAAAACAUCUAAUUGCAAUAUCUAUAAUUAUUUCAU